CUAUUAUAAUGCGUAACGAUCACAGGACUGAUGCGGAAAAGGAGGCGGGUGCCAGUCUCCUAAAAAACUAUGGUGAAUUUUUCAAGAAACAAUAUCAAGACUUUCAGUCUACAUCCGGCGAUAGGAACUGGUCAGAAAACAAGACCUAUGUGCCGAUACAAGUGGACAUGAUACAACAUGAAUUGUUACCAAUCACAUACUUGGUGGCGUCGGAUAACACUCUCAUGACGAAAGUCCUGAGUGUCCUGUCGUCGUUGUGCGUUGAGGUGAUUACUUUAAAACAGGAAGCGUUCGAUAGGCACUUCACUUUCUUGUCAGUAUAUGAAGAAUAUGGUAUUACUGACAUGAACUCCCAAAUGGAAUCAGUUUGUUUGCUGAGUGCAUUUAUUAGUCGUUGUGAUGAGACACUGCGCAAUCUAUGUAGCCAGGUGUUCGCCAUAUUCACUGAAGCUGUUAUUAAUCUUAAUGGUAUUCAGCUGCACUACAUAAUAAACCACAUUGGAGAACUAUUUACAAUCAUAGUUCUGAUGGAGCUACUCAUCUCAAAUACAUCUUUGCCUGCUACUUGGAACAAGUACUGCAAGAACCUCAAAUUACUUAGCCACAUGCAGAACAUUGACUUGAUCGAAGAAAAGUUACAAGCAUUAAGCUCUGCUGUAGAUAACAUUACAAAGAAGCUUAUGUCAGACAAUAUAGUUCAAAACACACUCCAAAAUCUAGCCACUCUAAGGAAGAGUUUAGUAGACAAAAACUGCUCAAUGGUAUCGUCAGAGUUCACAAAUUACCUAAAGCAAGCCAUAAUUAACUUAGACAAACUAGUACAAGAUAUACCCAAUGUGACAACAAUGUAUAAAUGCGUCAAGAUUAAUGCGCUGUUUGUUCUCAGCUCACAUUUAUUUGGCAAUAUCGAUAAGAAAAUUUUCAAAUCAUUGAUUGAAUUGAAUACAAAGGCACACAGUGUCCACAUAAUUGGUACGACAGUUUGGUUCCCAGAGCAAUUCCUACAAAGAUAUGCACCAGCACAAAGUUCAAGUUAUGGAAAGAUGUCACAAACCAUGAUUAAAGCGCGCCAAACUUAUAUAAGCAACAAGAAAGCAAGUUUGGCUCGAGAUAUGACCUCUCUGCAAGUCAUGUGCGCACAGUGGGUGCUCAGUGUCGAAGACGCCUUUUCUGCUAGUCACCACAAACUAAAUGCAUCAGAAAUGAGCUUGCAUGCAAAAUUACUCUUGGAGGGUCUUAAUGUAGCCUCAAAUAUAAACUAUUCUGUACUAACUUUGAUCAAUGUACAUGUUUCACUUGGAGUGCCAUUAUCAAAAAGCAUGCUGAUGUCAUUGUUCGAAGUCAUAGACAUGUUAAAAUGCCUUACAAAUGCAGUGUCGCGAAAUCGCAAUCAAAUUUUAAACUCUCUAAACAUGACGAUCCAACAUUUCAUUUUCCAAGCAAUAUCUUCAAUACUAGAGGUAAAGAAAGCAUUAAUGACUGACAAGAACUACGCCAACAAGAGAUUAGAUGAGCUCACUUGUCUUGUAAUAGCAGAACGAUCUCUAAGAGGUGUGGCGUCUUUAGAACGUAACGUAGCCGCCAAUGUUGCGUUGAGCUUUGUGCCAGACACUACUUACCUGGAAGAUAGCUAUGUGAAACUUGGAACUUUACUAGAAAAAGUACAAACCUUGUCAAAUUUUACUAAAUCCAUGGAUAACUUCUGCAACUGCUCAUGGAUGUUAUGGCAUCAACAUGUUAUACCAAUCUAUUUGGACCAGAAUUUCAGUAUUCAGUUGAAUGCUCUGAAGUUAAAGUAUUUCUUGAUGGUAUUGGAAGAUUGUGCAGUAUUAUUGCACAAAACAGACAAGCAAUAUAAAAAACAUAAAUCCAAAGAUUUUAUAAGCAGUAUGAAAAGCAUGAUAAAUGAAAGUUUACUCAGAACCACCAGCCAGAACAUAGAAACGAAUUUACGUUUGCACAUUCACUCUCAUUUGCAACUGGAUGUUGUGAAUCCCUUCACAUUCGACAUGGUUAAAAAACUGCUAUUGGUGAUUGAUAACUUCAGAAUCCAAAAUAUCUACAUGUCUGUUGUGCCAUCAGUGGAGCACUACUUAUCAACUAUGUAUUAUAAUUUGACUACAGUUGUAUUAUCUGACUGGAAAACUUAUGGAGAAAUGCGACAAAUGGCCAAAUUUAAAUUGAACUUAAAAACGGUACAAGACAAUCUUCCGACACAGACUCUAGAACAGGGUCUAGAUGUAUUGGAAAUCAUGCGAAAUAUACACAUAUUUGUUUCUAAAUACCUGUACAACUUGAACAAUCAAAUUUUCAUUGAGAAGAGCAGCAACAACAAACAUUUGAACUCAAUAAAUAUCCGACACGUCGCCAACUCAAUUAGAACUCACGGUACGGGUAUUAUGAAUACCACAGUGAACUUUACAUAUCAGUUCUUGAAAAAGAAAUUUUUCACAUUUUCUCAAUUCAUGUAUGACGAACACAUAAAAUCGAGACUAAUCAAAGAUCUGAGAUACUUUAAAGAAAAUGCUGAAGUCAAUGAAAACAUGUAUCUCUACAAAAAUGCAGACAAAUUCAACAAAGGGAUUAGAGUACUUGGCCUCGCUGAAGAUGGUCAAAGCUACUUAGAUCUUUUUAGAGAUCUUAUUAGUCAGAUCGGAAACGCGAUGGGAUAUGUUCGUAUGAUCCGUUCAGGCGGAAGACAUUGCUGUUCCGACGCUACCGUCUUCUUGCCUACUCUUGAUAUAAGUAAAUCCUUCAAAGAGUUGUGCGAGGAAGAAAACCUGGGGCAUGAUGCCAUUCAAGCAUCUGAAAUUUUAGAUAACAAUAUUAAUUGCUUGAUUACGAAUUUCCUACAGGGUACGGAGUAUUUCAAGUUGCUCGUCGACGUAUUCGCGCCAGUAUUUCGCAACCCUAAAAAUGUCCAUUUGAAGAAUUUUUUCAUAAUUGUUCCACCAUUGACAUUGAACUUUGUAGAACACAUGAUACUGUCGAAAGACAAAAUGUCUAAGAAAAAUAAAGUGGGUGCAGCCUUUACUGAUGACGGGUUUGCUAUGGGUGUGGCUUACAUUCUAAAACUAUUGGACCAAGACUCCAAUUUCGAAGCUUUGCAUUGGUUCGACUCCAUCUGGAAGCACAUAAAAGACGAAAGAAGAGCCCUUGAGGAACAGAAAUUAAAAGGUUCAGUGCAGUUACAGCAAGCCUUAGCCCUUACAGAGAAGAAAAUUAAAACUCUCGAAGAAGAAUACAAACUCCUUUAUUACAGCCUCACUAGCGCAAGGAUAUUUUUCAGAUAACUAUUCAACACAG